UUUGUGCAACUGCUUCGCUCUCUCUGCCGCUGCUGGUCUCUACACGCAUACGCCUCCCCAGCCAUGGCAUCGCGCAGUAGCAGAAGGAGCCGACUGGCGUCUUUGGCGUUCCUGGGGUUCUCUGCUCCUUUGGCGAGAGGUCGUAAUGUGGGCGCGGUGGCUGGUGCUUGCGGCUUCAUUGUUGCGCCCGGUGGUGGCGCAAUGUUGCAACGAAGUCGAAGGAGUGUCCCCGCAUCGGCUGCAGCUGCUGCGGCAGCCUCAACACCGCGGAUGACCUUGAGCGAAGAAGCAGAAGCGACACCGUACUCAGAACUGCCGGCUGACUGGCGAGCACCGCUGCCUCCGAGGGAGUUCAAGCCUAAGAAGGGGGAGACGCAGGAGGAGGAAGACGAGGAGGGGGAGGGGUUAGGGGGGACCGAAGGGGACGGCCUGCGUACCCCCGCAGAGGUGCUGCAGGAGGCCACCCGCGUCACCCCGAAGAGGAUGCAGGGGCGCAGGGCGCAGGCUCCGCCGGGGUUGGAGUCGCUGCAGACGGAGAACCAGCGGCGUCGCGCGCUCCCGCUGAGCAAGCUGAAGCGCGUCAAGCCCAAGAAGAGGACGGCGAAGGAGGAAGAGGAGGGCGAGAUUCGACCCCUGGUCCUCAAGACGGACCGCGAGAGCGUGCUGAGGGGAGAGGACUACUGGAUCGACUAUCGCGAGGUUGACCGAAAGAAGGCGAUACGGGAGGCGAAGGCGAAAGCUCCCGCUCCGGACCAGUUCGCGCAGUCCAAGAUGAAGGCGGAGAUAGUCAACCCCUACAAGCAGAACUGGAUCCUCGCCAUCUCCCUCGCUAUAGUGGCCAUUGCGGGAUUCGUCCGGAUAAACCCCGGGAUCCUGGACGACCCGGCCAUCAUCACCUUCCCGAACGAGCUGUGAUUGAUUCACGCCCAGCCCUUCCGGCCUGCCGUGCACCUUGGCGAUAGAACGUUUCCCAUGGAAGACAACGAGACCUCAGUCGUGAUGCAUUUGGGGCUUAAUUAAAGUGUGAUAUUUUCCCCUCUGUGUGUUGUAUUGCUGGAAGAGGUGCUGGCUAUCGUGAUCUCAUGCACCACAUGGUUGCACACGUGUUGAGAGCUCUGAAACGUGCGUCCUCUCCGUGCAAAAAAGUUGUUGUUUCGACGGGGCAGAUUACGGUCAAGGGUUGGAGCGUCGCAGCCCCAACAAAGCCGGUCGGGGGAAAGCAGCUUGAUUAGCAGACAGAUCCAUCCGGCAGUGUCCCGUGGCUCUGAAGCUCUCGUUUCGAGAAUGUAAAAAGGUUUUAAGCCGACGCCUCUGUUUGUAGGCCACUUUCGUUUUGGUUGGCGCAUACCGAGGUCACAAGAAGCUCGCCGCGUUCCGCACACUGGUAGGCUGCUGCUUGGCAGCGGAGGUAGUUAACGCACGCACGUCAUAUCGGCAUAGGAUGCGCUUGCGGGGCUUGGUACCCUCGAGAGCUUGUGUGAGCCUUGAGCUAUAUACAUCAGGGACUCGCUGUGGGACUUGGUAAGGAUGUAGACCACCACCAGCAGCUUGACUUAGAUCUCGGUACAUAUCAGCGAACGUCUGGUAUGGGAAACGUGCCGGCGUUCGCCGUGUAGUCCAGUGGCCGUUGGUUUGGAUCGGGGCAACGAGGGUUAUGCAAUAGGAAUGAAUGUCGGUAAAACACACGUUAUCGCGUCGCUCAGGUUCACGAGGCAGGCAGGGGUGUUCGGGGGACGACACUUGAAAAGUCGCACCUUUACUCCCCGGCUUUUGGUGUGUGGUUGCACCUCGAGCCUGCGAAGAAGCCAUAUAUCAGAUCAUGGUACAACACCAAGGAAAAAGUGCAGGCCGCCC